UGGGGGGAGAGGGGGGGGGGGGAUAUUGCGCUUGAAACGACUGCCUGCCUUCUUCCCUCUGACUCUGGAUCGUAGUUUCCAUAGUCCGAGACUGAGGAGGUGCUCCUUGAGUUGACUGGCGGAUGGUGCUGCCGCUCGUUUCAGUCCCCGCAUGAAGUCCACGGAGGAGUGGAACAGCGGAAACCGAACAGCGCCCGCGACCAGGAGCCAUAUCGUUGGUGAAAGAUCCACAGCGAGCGUUGAAAUCCCAUCAACCGGAGUCCACACAAUCAGUCCACAAAGGCUCUGUUUUUCGUGUACACCAACAGCCGGGCGGACCCCGAUUUGGAACCGACGUUAGCCUUGCAGGUUUGAAGGACCAUUUAUUCCCGAACAUGGAAAAAAGGACGGCGUUCACCCUCGCCAUCCCUCUGUGCGUCCUGUUCAACGUCUUGUUCUUGAGGUUCUCUCCCAUCAUCAUCAUUACGUCAUCGGAGAACAGCCAUCCCAUCAUACUGUGCCGCCACGGAAACACCGACUGCACGAAUGAACCAACGUAUCAAACAACCCAUAUCAAUUGGAAUGGAAGUGAAUUUAUCGAUGUACAAACAGGCAGACCAACUGCUAAGAAGAAUGCUCUCUAUUGCCGACUGAAGAAAGUUAGUUUCUCCACCAUGACGAGAACGUUGCCACCACCUUCUAACGGUAGCGUCCUCAACCCGUACUUUCCGAGUGAGAGUUUAGAGAAUCUGGUUCGUUAUAACUCGUGUGCAGUGGUGAGCAGCAGUCAUGGUCUAAAACUCCACAACUACGGACACGACAUAGAUUCUCACGAUGCCGUUCUGAGGUUCAACUGUGCUCCCACCCAAGGUUUCUCUGCGCAUGUCGGCAGUCGGACAGAUAUACGUUUGAUAAAUACGCAGAUCCCCGAGAAGACGUGUACGGACGAGUUUUGGGACGAACGCAUCAAAAUGUUCAACAAUGAAACUGUGGUCAUCCGAAAUUUCGAUUCUAUACGUGUGGUAAGAGGGAAAAUUGACACUCGAAAAGAUAAAUACAAAAGCUUUUUCAAUUAUAUACGAUACAGAAAGAUGUAUCCCAAUAGCACAACGCACUUUAUACAAAGAUCUAAUUUCGGGUUGGAUUUGAGGAAUGAACUCAAGCGGUUUUGCGAGACGACGAAAGGCUGCAAGCCAAGCAAAAUGAGUCCAAGCUCUGGAUCACUUGGAGUGAUAAUGAUGCUGCAUCUGUGCGACUGGGUCUACACCUACGAGAUAGUUCCCUCCAGUGUGGACAAGACGCGCCUAGCUUAUUACUACAGCGGGAACAUCACUAAGAAUCAUAAUGCAUUUCACUCCAUCGCCACGGAAAGGCAGUACUUCAGAACACUGACAGUGACACCACCAGAUGAAGUGGAGAGAACGGGCGUGGCAGUCUUUAGGGGCCUGUCUCAGUACAACUGUACAUAACUGCUUCUGCAUUGUUCUGAAAGUUUAUUCUACGGUGGAGAGAGUGGUGGACGACACUCGAAACGUCAGGGAGUCAUCUCUGAAGCUUAUCCAUGUGAAGAGAAUGUAUUGUUUGUAAAUGUCGUUUACCUGGAUGGC